AUGGAUAAGUCUUAUACUUCAAAGCGCCCGGUACAACCGGCUCCAGCUGCCACCCGCUUGGAUCCGACGUACCAUGUCUACCGCGGACAUGGUAAAGCGAAGAGUCUGAGGGUUGCUCUCAGCUCAGAGAAAGGCCACGGUAAUGAGGCGACUGAUUCAUACUUUGAACACUCAACCGCCAAACGGAUUAAUACCGAUUCCGUCUUCACCUCAGCUCUAAAGAAACAGUACCCUGAGCUUGACCUCAUUGUGGUCAAAGAGUAUCAGUGCAAUCUCUUAGCCUUUGCUGGUGCUGGCCACGCAACCUUCCAUCCAAUCCACGACAAGGGCGACCUUCCAUCAUCGCUUGAGAUGACCGUCUACCUGCCACCCGCUAGACGAAUGAAUGGCAACAAAGGACAACUGGGCGAGGCUGUUAUCUUUGGCAAAUUUCUGUAUCAGUGGGAAGGCGAAGAAUUUGUCGUCUACUUGGUCGACGGUCGUGAUGGUUCAGAGGCCUAUCCACAAGUCAAGAACUAUUACAUCCUCACAUCAAACGUUCAUAAGGCUGAGCAGCUUGUACUUGCCACCGGGUCAUGGGCAACCGACCUGCAUGACGAAGUGUGGGUGUAUGACCAGGGCAGCUUCUUCAAGGAUAGAGAGCUCUGGAAUAGCUCCCAAAAGGCGACAUGGGAUGCUGUGAUUCUGGAUCCAGAAAUGAAGAAGCAACUCAUCAACGAUCACAUCUCUUUUUUCGAAUCCAGACAGACCUAUAAGGAUCUCGGUGUUCCUUGGAAGCGAGGUCUCAUCUACCACGGCCCUCCAGGAAACGGCAAGACGAUCAGUAUCAAAGCGACCAUGCAUAUGCUGGCGGACAAAACUCCGACCAUUCCCACUGUCUACGUUCGCAGCUUGGAAUCGUGGAUGGGGCCUCAGUACUCUCUUCACAUGAUUUUUGAAAAGGCGAGAGAGUUUGCGCCCUGCUACUUGGUUUUUGAGGACAUUGAUUCACUUGUCACGCCCGACGUCAGGAGCUACUUCUUAAAUGAGGUUGAUGGUCUGAAAGAGAAUGAUGGGAUAUUUAUCAUUGCCAGCACCAACCACUUGGAAAACUUGGAUCCCGGAAUCGCGAAACGCCCAUCUCGGUUCGACCGAAAGUAUUAUUUUCCCGAUCCGAACCUCGACCAACGCGAAGCAUAUUGCCAAUUUUGGCAAAAGAAGCUCAAGUCCAACAAGGAUAUUGAGUUCCCGGACAAGCUGUGUAGAGCGAUUGCUGAGAUCACAGAGAAGUUCAGCUUUGCCUAUAUUCAGGAGGCGUUCGUAGCAGCACUGUUAGCUAUUGCUGGACGGUCCAAGACGAAGCCAGCAAAUUCGAGUUGCGAGGCGGCCUGGGUCUUGGUGGACGAUGGCCAGAGCUCUGGAGUAAUUUCUGAUGAAAACGAUCUGGACAAACUGGACCUUUGGGUUGAGAUCAAGAAGCAGGUCAAGAUCCUCCGCGAGGGCAUGGAGGAUGAGGCUACCACGUAG